GCUUGCGAAUUGGAGCGUGUGAGACGCACGAGGCAUGCUUCCGUCGGCUGCGCAAUAUCACUUCCUGUGGGAGAUCGGUUCAGGAAAGGUGCCAAUAGGAGCUACGGUGCGGACGUUUGGCAGACUUAGUGCUUAUGAUCUGGCUCGGUCAGAGGCAACAAUCACGGCACAACAUGCGUGUGUCCAGCACCAGCUCCAGGUGCGCACAAGCUUUGUGGAACCAUUCUCUGCCCAGUUAGGGUCUUACUACCUAGUGCUGGGUGAGCUGGAGGGUGAUUCGGCACCAGUGCUAUGUCCCCGACUUAUGAUCUGCGUUGAGGGUGCAGACCUUUCCCUGCUACAGCAAGCAGUGGAAGAACAGAGAAGAUACAUCCAAGGCAGAGAGUCAGCAGCUGAUAUCGGCUUAUAAGCAUCGAUCUGUUAUCCAAAAACCACUUCGCUGGAGUUUCAUGUUGUAUAUAUGAUGUCAUGCCUUCAUAAUGUAAAUAUAUGUACAUAUCUGAGUUAUACUUGUGUUGUAUCAUAUGUACUUUCUAAUAUUCUGAUUAAAGAACAGAAGAUCGAUAUUGAGGAAAUGGUCCUAGAAAGAAUAGUGUAUAUAAGUUUUUGACACCUCUUAGUGAGUCAGCAUGUUUAUGAGGCAUAUAAUAAAGGUUUUACGUUGUAAGAGAUGCAACCUUCAGAUACCAAAAUAAUAAUUCAAGUGUAAAAAGGUAUUGUAAUGGCUUUGGUCAUUGAAUCUGAGGCAUCCGAAAGAUUAUUGUACUGGUGGAUUGGUGUGUAUAAAAACCAGUUGGUAGAUCUGCAAUUUUGUUUUAGAAACAUUAAAAGAAGUUGACCACUAA